UCCCAGAAGUCCAUCUCUAGAUUAGGUGAAUUGCAGCAGCGUGGUGAGAUCGUCUUUGUUGAGAAAAAAUGUCGACGCGAAAAAGGUUUUAAUCCAUUAGUCAGAAAGUCUGGCAUUCUUUGUUUGUUGGAUAAAAAAGCGCAAUUAUUUGCCAGCGAGCCAGUUAAGUGCGCGCCAGCACCGGAAUUAUGUAAAGUCCAGGAUUUAUGCAAUUGCAACAGGAGAACUGCAGGACUGCCAGCGAAAAUAGCGAAACACUGGGCUGGUUGCUCUCCAACUCGGACGGUGGCCCCACGGACGUAAAAAGCGGACGUACGCAAAGUGAAACUGCGAACAAGCAAAGUGAAAGCAAAACAGAGACAGCGAAACAAACAGCAACUGCCACAGAGGAGAACCAGGAGGAGGAGCAACUGCAGCAUCUGCGAUGGAUAAUUGCGACCAGGAUGCCAGCUUCCGGCUGGGCCACCAGAUCAAGGAGGAGGUUAAGCCGGAUAUCUCACAGCUAAACGAUAGCAAUAACAGCAGCUUCUCGCCCAAGGCCGAAUCGCCCGGUCCCUUCAUGCAGGGCAUGUCCAUGGCGCACGUCCUGCCCAAUAACAAUAACAGCUCCGGUGUCCAGGAUCAGUUGGCGCAGGCGCCCAAUUCAGCGGCUGCAGCUGCCGCCGCCGCUGUGGCCGCCGCUUCGGCCAUCCAGCAACAGUAUCCGCCGAACCACCCGCUGAGCAACUCCAAGCACCUGUGCUCCAUCUGCGGCGAUCGGGCCAGCGGCAAGCACUAUGGCGUGUACAGCUGUGAGGGAUGCAAGGGCUUCUUCAAGCGUACGGUGCGCAAGGAUCUCACAUACGCUUGCCGCGAGAAUCGCAACUGUAUCAUCGAUAAGCGGCAAAGGAAUCGCUGCCAGUACUGCCGAUACCAGAAGUGCCUAACCUGUGGCAUGAAACGGGAGGCUGUCCAGGAGGAGCGUCAGCGUGGUGCCCGCAACUCGGCCGGACGGCUGAGCGUCGGUGGUGGUGGUGGCGGCGGUACACCCGGCUCGUUGGGCUCCUCGUCCUUGGGUGGCGGCGGCAAUGGCGGUGGAUUGGGUGGAACCGGUAACGGUUCUGAUGACUUCAUGGCCAAUAAUGUGUCCCGGGACUUCACCAUCGAACGGCUGAUGGACGCCGAACAGCGGGCCGAGGCGCAUUGCGGGGAUCGAGCGCUGUCGUUCCUGCGAGUGGGACCCAAUUCCACCGUCCAGCCGGACUACAAGGGCGCCGUGUCCGCUCUGUGCCAAGUUGUGAACAAGCAGCUCUACCAGAUGGUCGAGUAUGCACGCAUGAUGCCGCACUUUGCCCAACUGCCGCUGGACGAUCAGGUCAUCCUGCUGAAGGCCGGCUGGAACGAGCUGUUGAUCGCGAAUGUCGCCUGGUGUAGCAUCGUGUCACUGGAUGACACCAUGGGCGGCGGCGGCGGCGGUGGUGGUGGCGGCGGUCUGUCGCACGACAGCUCCUUCGACAGGAGAUCACCGGUGUUGCAGCCACAGCAGCUCUUCCUCAAUCAGAGCUUCUCGUACCAUCGGAACAGUGCAAUCAAGGCCGGCGUAUCGACCAUCUUCGACAGAAUCCUAUCGGAGCUGAGUGUUAAGAUGAAGCGCCUGAAUCUGGAUAGACGCGAACUGACCUGCCUGAAGGCGAUCAUCCUUUACAAUCCGGAUAUACGGGGGAUCAAGAAUCGGUCCGAGAUUGAGAUGUGCCGGGAGAAGGUGUACGCCUGCCUGGACGAGCACUGUCGGCAGGAGCAUCCCGGUGAUGAUGGACGAUUUGCACAGCUCCUGUUGCGACUGCCGGCACUGCGAUCCAUUAGCCUGAAGUGUCUGGAUCAUUUGUUCUUCUUCCGCAUCAUCAGCGAUCGGCCGCUGGAGGAGCUGUUCAUUGAACAGCUGGAGGCCACUCCGCCGCCGGGAUUGGCCAUGAAACUGGAAUAGAGAUGGAGCAAGAGCUGACAGCUGACCUCCAUCCAUCAAAUGUUUCAUUGUGAUUGCGUUUGUUUGCAUUUCUGCCCCCACUAUUCUCUCCCUUUAAGAAUCCCAGUCGGAAGUCCCUCUAAUAUUACGCUAAAUGUGUAUUUAAUUGUUUAUUUUUUUUUUUUUUAUUACCUAAUAUUAUUAUUAUAUUGAUAUAGAAAAUGUUUUCCUUAAGAUGAUGCCUCCUCGACGUUUUCAAAAAACACAAAAAAAUCCAAAACAAUUGAACGGAAAAUGAAAAAAAAAAACAAAUACAAAAAAAAAUAAGCAAAAAGUUAAACUAAAGCUAAUUAAACAAUAAAAAAAAAAUAUAUAUAUAUUAUAUAAAGGUUAAAAAAAUUUAUUAAAUAGUUAUGAGAGAUGUACAGACGUAUGUAAUGUAUACAGAGAUAUAUAUAUAUAUCAGUAUAUAUGUCGGCCCCGUUUCUAAAUCAAUUGUAAUUACAUUUUAAAAUAAUUUUACCCAAGCGUUAUCAAUUAAAAAUGCUAGAUAAAAAAAACAAACAACAAACAUAAAAACAAAUAUAUCUAUGUAUAAAAUAUAAAAUGCAUAACGAGAGAUCUUGGCUUUUUAUUUUUAUUUAAAAUUGAAAUUUUAAAUCUGUGCUUCUGACAGAUCCACAAUUAAUCCAAUUGUCGGAACGAAUAUAUGACUUUGAAUUCCAAGAGCAGUCUGCCACAUAAUUGUAAGGCUGAAAUGGUUUAAAUUUUAAUUUAAAAAAAAUUUUAAGGCUAAAAUGGUUUGUAGAUUUUUAGAAAGAGGUCUUUGGGCAUUACUCUUCAAAUUCUAAUUUUUUUAAAUUUUUGAGACCAUAAUGGUUUAUAGAAAUUGGCAAAAGAUUGGGAAUUUAUAUUCAAAAUUUCAGAAUUUAUUUAUAAACUAACUCUCAAGAUUUGCUUUCUCAGAAGAAGUCUUUUUUUAGAACUAUGAAUAUUUUUGAAUGAUUUUUGAAACAAAAAAAGAACUAAAUGUGGGAGUUUUUUGUUUUAUUUUUCACAAAAAUAAUUUAAAAAAUUAUCCUUAUAUGUAUAAUCCUUGGAUGCUCCUUGUGACCUAAUCCUUUUGAUCCGCACUGUACCUGUUGGAUGGCUUCUAUAUUUCUUAUUCAAUAAUUUGGUUUGUGGGCUAACCGCCACCUUGCCACCUCCGCCCCCCCAGCAUCCACUCACCUUGGUCCAUCUGUUUGGUUAAUUUUUUUAAAAUUUAUGUCCUCCCAUCCUACCUCCCCCUCUCUGCCACCGCCCCACCCCCUCCCCUUGGGAGAAAUGUAUGUUAGUAUGUAUUUACAAAAAUAUGGUAUUAACGCACAAGCAGCGACUAAAAAUAAAUAUUGUUUUCGAAAAAAGAACAAAAAUCGCCUCUGACGACGCACAUUAUGAUCUAAAAAUAAUUAAAUACAGUUUCUUAUUCCAUCUCUUUCUUUCUAUAUGUAGGUGUCUCUUUCUAGGAUAUAUAUUUACACCGAUUUGCUCUUGUUUUUUUUUUUUUUUUUUUUCCAUUAUGUUGAGUUGAAUUUUGUAUUUUAUUUUCAAAUCUCUUAAGAUCCUUCAAUAAGGGGGGGGUAUUGAUAUUUUUUUUUUUUUUUGAAAAAACGAUCAAUAAGGAAAGCUUUCCAAAAAAAAAAGCUCUAGAGAGAGAGAGAGAGAGAGAGUGAGUGGGUGUUUUUUAUUGGUCUAGCUAAUCGCUAUCCUUGAUUUUCAGAUGCCUUUCCGUUACGGCUUGCGAGCAUAUUUAAUAAAUUUCAUAAAUAACAUGGCAUAAUAUUUAAAAAAAAAAAAAAAGGGGGGUGGGGGGGCACACAAACAGAGCGUGUUGAAAAAUGUGAAAAAAAAUGAAAAGAAAAAAAAAAGCAUAAAGGCAUGCCAAUAAAAUCAUGUGCUCUUCUUUUCGCUGUGUGUAUUGGAAAAGAGUUUUCGAAGCGAAAUUAACAAUUUGCUAUUUUCGUAGUUAUGCGGGGGCGGAGACUUUUCAAAAAAAAAAAAACAAAAAAAGUCUGCACACCAGACAUUGGUUAGAAGGGCGGAGCAGGGGGGGGUGGCAUGGUUGGUAUCGAAAAUAAAAUCGGGUGGUCUGUGGGGUGGUGUUCAUUAUUUUUUUUAUAUUUUUUUAAGGAACGAUGACAGACAAGCCAGACAGUCAGACAGAGAAACUUAAAAAAAUAACUGACAACAACUUGUUGGCCAAAAUAAUAAAAAAAAAACUUACAAGAAAAAAAACAGAAAACAGGGUGCCACAUUUUGUUGCAUCAACAUUGCAUUUUCGCCAAAGGGGGGUGGGGUACUGAGAAAACAACACGAAAGCAGAAAAGCCAAAAAAAAGCAGAGAAACAAGAACUUUAAGUUUCAAUAUAGACCAUGAGAUACCCUGUACUUUUAAUUAUUUUUUUAAUUAAGUUAUAAAAUAGUAUUUAUCAACUAAAAAAUUUGAAACAAAUAAAAUUUUAUAUUUUUAAAAAUUAAUUUAUUAUAAACUUAUGGUUAGGUAUACCCGUGUGAUCAUAAAACUUGCAGGGUAUCACAAUUCGUACGCCGCUUAUGCUGGCCGAAUUCAUACUUUCUUCUGCCACCCACUCCCACUGCUGCCACUGUCUCUGCCUCUGCCUCUGCCUCGGCCGCUGUUGCUGCGAUGCUGCUGCGAGUCCCCGAAAUCUUUGAAAAUGCCUCGGGUCUUCGGGUUCGGGUCUUCGGGUCUCCACCCCACCACCCCACCACCUACCGACCGACCGACCGACCGAUCCAAUCGGAUCCGAUUCGAUCCGAUGCUCCCGCUGCACGGCAGACUUUUCUUCAGGUUCUCCCUCCCACCCACUUUCUUUCUCCUCUUCCUGCUUCCUUCUUCGGCUGCUGUGUGUGUGUGGGGAGGGGGGGGCGAUGGGAGGCAGGUUUUUUUUUUUGGGGGGCCAACAGCGACGUCGACUGCGACUGAGACUGCGACGACGGUAUUCAGAGUCGGCAGCUGGCUGGCGCGACAUCAGUUUUGAGUUGGCUUUCAACGCGAGCGGGUCUUUCUCUUCGCAAGCGACACACCAGCAACUGGAUCACCAACAUCAGCAGCGGCAGAGGCAGAAGCAGAAACAGAGGCGGCAGCAGCAGAGGCAGCAGAGAUAUCCAGGCAUCAGCACCACCAUCCAGAGAGAUAGAGAGUUAUCGAGAAUUUAAUCGAUAAACACAGACACACUCACACACUUACACACUUACACACACACAGCGACAA